CACUGUAAAUAAAUACUCCGUAUCGUAUUUAGCUGAAAACAUUGGCCUGUCGCCUGAGGAGUGAAGCGACGGUUAAUGGAUCACAAUAUCUCAUCACCCGUUUUUCCAGUUCGUCACAAGCAGUUCUCUCUCGACAUUCAGGGGAAUAAAACAGAUAUUGUCAUAUGUAGCUACGAUGACCAUUUUCUCGUUAUUGCAACUCAAAUAGGAAGCAUGGGCACUAUACUGCAUGCCAGGAAGGAGGAAGGGAUGACGACUGAACCAAACUUUAGUGUGUCCGUAAUACUGGGGAAACGUGAUGAGCCUAUGCUAGUUGCUUGUGCUAGGCAACUUAUUGAACAUAUAAGUUCCUCGGGAUCCUCCAGACCUCUGGUUCUUGCACUUGGUUUGAAAGAUCAUUCUGUGACCACUCUGAAGGGCAUUGUUUCAGCCGUGAACAAAACCUGCCUCUGGUAAUCUUUCAUGCAUCCUUAGGUCAGUUUCAACUGCCUCUGGUAAUCUUAAAUGCAUCCUUAGGUCAGUUUCUCAAUGUCUCGGUGAGAAGGCAGCAAUUCUUAGUGACUUUUUGGACAAACUUCAGUGUCUUCCCCCACUCUUGUGCAUGACAUUUUUUUUUUUUGCAUAUAUUGAUUAGUGUUGAAUUUGUUAGAAGUGUGUUUGAUGAUGAUCCUAAUGAACUCUCUUCCAAAUA